GGAUAUGGACUUUUUCAACUGCGAAUCUUAAAGUACACGAAUAGCCUUAGUUGCUGAACUUUGAAAGAGGCUGACUAGCUGGCCCUACUCUCAUUUUUGUAUUCUAUAUGCAAGUUCUUUGUGCCGUUCCUUGUCGAAUGUGAGAGGGUGUGUCGAUGUACCCAACUGGAAAGGGUUAGUGGUGCCGUACGCACACGCAAAAAGGGCAAGUUUUUGACGAGCUGCAUGUGAAAGCAAUUUCAUAGGUGCUAGCUAACUGUUCAGGAAUGGCAGUUUGGACCAGAGCUGAUAAAAACGGCCAAUUGGACCUACUUCUCCGCGAUCGCUGGAUCCGUGUUUCCGCCGAACUUAGCAGAGAAACGCUGACUUUAACGGCCGAGUCGGAUGUAAGCGGACAGGGGACCAAUCACGGGGGUCACAGCACUCCCCUGGAUGAUAUGAGAAAUGGUAUGUCGAAUUUAAGCGAAUCGGGAUCGAGGUCAACGCACCUUGGACGGAGUCUGUCUUCUGGACAGGGACAACUUCAGAAAGGGUGCAGCAGCAGCCCUGGUCGCGUGGGUAGUCCAUGUGACUGCGCCUACGGAUUAAGCAGCCCCGGGAAGUACUCGAAUAACGGCACAAGCUGUGACUUUGGAAGUCCUGGGUCGAGCGAUGGGAGUCCUGGGUCGAGUUCCGGUUCAGGGCAAGGCGAAGUUCCAGUUUGUGGAGACGUCUGCACGGAGGCUGUGCGAAAGGUCCGAGUUGUGAAACAAGAGUCUGGCGGGCUGGGGAUCAGUAUCAAAGGAGGGCGCGACAAUCGGAUGCCGAUCCUUAUCUCCAAGAUUUUCCCGGGGCUCGCUGCAGACCAAAGUCGCGCGCUUCGGGUGGGCGACGCUAUCCUGUCAGUCAACGGUAACGACCUCCGGGAGGCAACGCACGACCUGGCGGUACAGGCCCUGAAGAAGGCAGGAAAACAAGUGACGCUGGAGGUGAAGUACAUUCGUGAGGUUACUCCACUAUUCAAGAAGAUUUCCUUGGUGGCUGACUUGCCAUGGAAUGGUGUUGGGCCACAGUCUCCCAGCUACAACGGGAGCGAGGAUUCUGGAUCUCCUAGACGCAGCUCUACCAAAGACAGGAAGGUCAUGAGCUUGAAGAUGUGCUUCAUCAGUCGGAACCUAACCAUGCCAGACUUGGAGAACAGACUGUUGGAGCUCCAUUCCCCUGAUGGGCAGCACACAGUGGUACUUCGCUGUAAAGAUGCCCCCACUGCCAACUCCUGGUUCACUGCAAUCCACACCAAUAUUGCCGCCCUGCUCCUACAGACUCUGGCUCACAUCAAUGCUUACCUGGGAGCCUCUGCCUCGGGCUCCCCACAGCCUCACCUGAAACACAUCGGGUGGUUGGCUGAGCAGGUCCAGCUGGAAGGUGGACGGCAGCAGCACAGACCCGUUGUCAUGGCACUUACAGAAAAAGACAUUCUGCUCUUUGAGUCUGUGCCAUGGGGUAGAGAAUCGUGGGCAUUGCCUUUGGUCACACACCCAUUGCUGGCAACAAGACUAGUGCGUUCUGGCAGUGUCCGCGGCUCUCCUCCCCAGAGUUCUGACCUGGUCUUUGCUACUCGGACCGGCACAGGGCAAGGCAUUGAAUCACACAUCUUUCGCGUGGAGACCCACUGGGAUCUGUCUUCAUGGACAAGAGCCUUAGUACAAGGUGCACAUUCAGCUGCAGAACUCAUCAAAGAAGUCUCUAUUGGAUGCACAUUGGACAGACAAGAUGUCCGGCUGACACUGCACUAUGAGAAAGGCUUCACUGUGAUGAAGGAGCCAGCCGAACCAGCCAGUGGCGCUGUGCUGUACCGAUACCCUUAUGAAAAACUCAAAAUGUCUGCAGACGAUGGAAUACGCCACCUUUACCUUGAUUUUGGGGGUCCUGAGGGAGAAAUGGUAUUUGACCUCCACUCUGGUCCAAAGCCAGUUGUGUUUGUCCUCCAUGCUUUCCUUUCAGCCAAGCUCACUCGUAUGGGUCUGCUCACAUAAAGUCACAUCAAUGUGAGAGAACUCUUCACCAAAGAGCCCCGACACACCUUGGACAAAUUUCCCUGCACGGUGAUAUCCUUCCAAAUCUUCACAGCCUCACAAAGUCUUUGGACCUGACAUCGCAGGCAUGAAUCCCAUUAUCGCUCUCUCCUCUCAUAAAAAUGUGCCUUCACUUCAAUUUUCUUCUUUCUUUCCCACAACAGCUUUAUUGCUAGAUCAAGUCUUAAAGUGGUACUUUUUUUAAAAUAAUUCCAGUGAUUGUUUAGUGAUUAUUUAAGCCUUUGGGUCUCCAAGUCCGGUCCUCGGAAGCCCUGUUUUUGGUGUUUCCCGAGCUCUGACACACAUGAAUCAAAUGAGGGUACAAAGGUUGCUGAAUCUGGUGGCUUGGGAAACAAAAAACAGGCUGGAUAGGGGCUCCCUGAGACUGGACAUCGAGACCCCUGAUUUGGACACUCUGGGCUAUCGUCUCCCAUGAUCAUGAGAGCAAAAAGGCACACGGUUGCACACUUUUUUGACUGCGCAGAUUCUCCCAUUGACUAAUGUCUGCCCUUCAUGCAGCCCUCCAGCCAAAUAUUAUACUCACUCUGGUCAGAGCACUCUAAAAUGUGGGCAUUUCCUCUAAAACCUGACUUUGCGUGUAUUCGCUACUCAACUUAAGCACUUUUUGCACUUUACACACUUCACAGUCUGUAGAACAGGGGUGCCCAUUAGGUAGAUCCUGAUCUACCGGUAGAUCUAAGACAGGUCCCAAGUAGAUCCGAGUAGUGUCGAGGAGAAGAAAAAAAAAAAAAAACAUUUGUGUGUCUUUGUACAUGUUAAUAAUAUACCGGUAUAUGUUUUGUGUUAAUGUACGCUGCACCCUAAUCAUCCUAUCAGUCUCAUUUUCACACACAAAAAAAAUGUAAAAAUAAAAUAAAGCAGGUAAAUCUUUAAUUUACGGUGGCGCGUGAUUACGUCACCAGAAGUUGUUUCCGCUCAGCAGUCUGCAAUUAUCGUCAUUAUUCUCAUUCAGAGUUUGCUUCGUGUACAAUUCUUCGAGGGCACGGGCAAAGAAUAGGAAUCUCGGAGGGCCCAGGGAAGCACUCUACAAUUGUACGUGUGAACUACGAUAGUUAACAGGCUGCAAAAGUGUAUCGCAUGCCUCAGUUUCAGGCUGUUUCUCAUCAAGGCGUGCAUGUGUGCAUGUGUCUGCGCGUGCCGGUAAGGGUAGAUCCCGGGAGGUUAGUUGAUCAAAAAAUAGAUCUUCGGUCCAAAAAGUUUGGGCACCCCUGCUGUAGAACAUACUUGUACACAAUUGUGAACAGAGCUCAUCCAAACCACAAAAACUCGAGCAGCAAUCAUUCCAUGAUCACUUUUGUUGAGAGUCAGCCAAAUGGCUUGUGGUAGAGCUACACUCGGUCGGAUGUCAUCUCAUGGCGCAGUCGCCUCUCUUCUCAAUAGUUGCAACACAGUAACAAAUGGAAACGGCGUAAAUCACAUUUUGCGCAUUUUUUAUAUGAAAUUUGCUUACCGUUUUUUGAAAGGUUUGAUGGAAACCCCAUAAUUUUUUCUCAUUUUUUAUUGUUUCUUUCUUUAUAUUUCAUAUUGCAGUCUCAUGCAGUAAUGCCAACGUUUGGCAUAUAUCUACUGUAUGUUGAUAUGAAGGUUCAGCUCUCCAAACAGACCAGAGCCCCCCCCCAACCAGUGCUCAUGACUGAAAUCAUGUUGAGCAGGGAUCCUCAGCCACUCGGUGUAGACCUCAGACAGACCAAAUAAAUAUUUUGAGUUGAUCAGCUUGCAUAGGAGCAAAUUACUAAAUAUAUGAGGGUCACUCAGAAAUAAGGUGAAUUUUUCGGUAUCAGCACUUCUAAUACAGUUAGAAGCUUACUUUUUUAGAAUAUUCAACAUUGUCUCUCAGCACGGUGCACAAGCUUCCAUAUUCCCUGCGUGUAAAAAUCUUUGGACCGAUAUCUCAGCCAGUCACUCACAACACUUUUGAUUUCAUUGUCUAUAUAUCAAAAGAUGUGUAAAUAUAUCUAAGUGAAUCCGGUCUGCGUCUCAAAAAAAGUUGGAGACCGCUGAUCUGGAGUACGGCAGGAACGUUGCUUUUCCUUUUUUCCAUUUUUUAUAUUGAUGAAGCCCCAAACAUGCAUUGAGUCAUAAGCAUAACAUGACUUAAAUUACUUGAGUAAAUAGUUUUUUUGGAAUUAUCAUAUACAGAAUUAAAAAAAUACACAAAAAAAAAUGGCAGCCUCAGCUGUCAUUGAAUCACACCGCUUUGGCGGUUCCGCAUUCAUUCCCAAUUUUCCCACGUGAGUGUGUUGUCUGAAAUGUUAGCAGGAGAAUCUGUGUUGAUGGAAAGUGCGUAAGUUCAGCUGCCUAAUAACAGACUUGCGAAUGACCCAACAUGAGGUGAAUGGUUUUCUGACCUCAUCGUACUGAAGGUUAGGAGAAGCAUUUUAGACAAUCAAUGAACAGUGGAGGCCUGAUGAGUAACCACUAAAUAAUAUAUUCAAAAUUGGCUCACAUUGCAGAGCAGCCUUCCAGUGUCCUUUUCAUUUGUUUGAUGAAAGUUUUUUUUGUUUUGAUCAGAAAGUGACGAGACUGUUAGAAUCAGUAUGCAGUUACGCCUGCAGAGACUUACUCUAUGCAAUCAAAGCAAAGAUAUGUGUUGGUGUGUGUUUGUCUUCCUCAUGCUUCUGGCUUCUUGCACAUGUCCAUGCUUUCUUGUAGUUCAGUCACUUUUUUAUUUCAUGAACAAUAUGGGGAA